AUGAGUUACCCUUUCAUCGUCCCACCUCCCGCCAUGCAGUUCCACUCGCCAUGCACCAUGCCAUAUCCCAACUCUCAUCCGCGUCCAAGAUUCUGCAUUUUCCGACCAGGUGGUAUCUUGGUACCGCUUAUUCCCGUUGAUGAGUUGCCUGCUUGGUUGGAGGUCUGCAACUUAGGUGCGCAGAUGCAUUUGGGAGUGCAGCCCGUUUCGCUUACAUACAUCCCCCGUGAUGGCGAGUACGAUAUCAUUUGCCAUCACUGCUCGAGCAGCGUCGACUCUCUUCACCAAAGCGUCUCGGAUCGAAAUGCAGACUCUCCCAGGUCUCCUUCCAGUCACCCGUCCCAUACGAAUAGCUACCAACCCGGUAUCUACCUCGUACCAGAAGCAACGUGCGAGCCGCCGAGCCUCGACUCCAAAGUGUUGGAUCCAAAGGCAGCACUUGCUUCUGGGGUUCCACUGCCAAUUAUCGGACACCCGCCGAUUGCUGCGACCUUGCAACAUCCAUACUAUGGCAGUUAUUCGCUCAACAUUCCGAACAUUCCAGGCCUGACUUUUAGCAUCUCGCAAAAGGCAUCCAAUGUGGUCAAUCCAAGCUCCCCGGUAUCAGAUUGCCUCCCAAAAGAACCACCGAAGACACCUGCUCUAUCUCCGCUGAAGUCCAACAAGGAGGGUGGCCCAGACGACAUCGCAUCCAUUCCCGAUCUUCCUCCUCUGCCUCCUCCGGCGAGGCCGCUUGAACGCGAAGAUCGGCCCACUACUCCAGCGCCAGGUGCACCCAGCAGACAUCCGAUCAGUCCGGGUACACAAAGCCGAAUUUCACAAGCUAUUGCAGCCUCACUCUGCUCCGUCGAGGUGGAGAACGAGAAUCGGCCCCCGGUGGGUUCUACAAAGGGUCACUGCUCACGACGUAUGUCGCUUGGCCAGGCCUCCAACAGCAGCAUUUUUCGAAACAUAGCUACUUCGAUUGUCUCUGCCUCUCACGCGAAUGAAAGUCUCGCAUCUCCAGUGUCUCUGAGUGCUGCCGUGGAACGAUUCAAAGAAGGGCUCAAGAAAUUGUCUCGGAUGUCCAUCCUGUGCCAAAGCGUUGCCGGUAGCUCGCACCCGUCCAAAUCGAGACCUCUUUCCCGCGCUUCAUCCAGAACCAAGAGAGCUCGUGCAGCUGCUCAGCGACGCCGUGACCGAACCAAACGCCGCCGUGAGAGGAGGAAGGAGAAACUCGAAGCUCUCGCUACACAGACCCCGAAGGCAGAACGACACCAGCGAGGGAAGCAGCCCCCACACGAAGACGAGAACGACAUUGUCGUCGUAUCCAAGCCAGAGCAGGUCAACUCCGCUACCAAGCGACGUGAUCGACGUGAGAAAAUGCUUCAUGGUCGCAAGGAUCAUGGCGAUCACAGUCGGCAUGUGCACAUGAUGACGGCUUCGAGUGCACGUCCGAGUGUUUCCUGCCGUUAG